AUGUUGGAAGGGCUCGUGGCAAACCUUCUGAAUCGCUUCCUGGGCAUGUAUGUCCGCAACUUCGACCCAAAGCAGCUCAAUGUCGGCAUUUGGAGUGGGGAUGUCAAGCUGCGAGACCUGCAACUGAAGCGAGAAGCCCUCGACCAAUUCCAUCUCCCCCUCAACGUCAUCGAGGGGCACAUCAGCUCCCUCGUUCUGCAGAUCCCCUGGAGCAACUUGCGAGGCAAGCCCGUGCGCAUCAACAUUGAGGAUGUCUUCCUUCUCGCCGCUCCAAGGGAGGAUCAGGAGUACAAUCCGGAAGAUGAGGAACGGCGAGCACAUGCGGUCAAGAUGGAGAAGCUGGACUCGGCCGAGCUUUUGAAAGAGCGGAAUACGGAAGGCAUGAGCGCGGAAGAACAGCAGAAGCAGCAGUCCUUCACCGCCGCCUUGACGACGACCAUUAUCGACAACGUCCAGAUCCAGGUGAAGAAUGUCCACAUCCGCUACGAGGAUAAGCUGAGCGACCCGGGCCACCCAUUUGCCGCCGGCCUCACGUUGCAAGAGCUCAGUGCAGUGAGCACGGAUGAAAAUUGGCGGCCGACCUUCAUCGGAAGCACGAGCAGCACCACCCACAAGCUUGCUACGCUUGGCUCUCUCGCAGUCUACUGGGACACUGACACGGAACUGCUUGGAGGCGCUGCGGGCGAAACAAACGCGACCGAGCAAGCCGUGGACCGGCAAGACCUUCUCACAAAGUUCCGCGACAUGAUUGUGCAGGGGGACAGUCCGGCGGUCAACGAUCACCAAUUCAUCCUGAAACCCGUCUCUGGUCGUGCGGGCCUUGAGAUGGAUAAAACUGGCAAGACCGAUCGCGCAAAGAUGAAAGCCAGGUUGUUGUUCAACGAGCUUGGUUUUGUGCUCGACGAGACGCAGUAUCGCGACUUGCUCAUGCUCGUGGACCUCUUUCACUAUUUCAUCCGGCAUCAGGAGUAUCGCAAGUAUCAGCCGGCCAAGUCUCCCAAAGAGGAUCCCCGAGCCUGGCUCCAUUUCGCCGGCAAGGCGGUGCUGGACCGAAUACACGAUCGAAACAAGCAAUGGUCAUGGGCUUACUUCGCCGAGCGCCGAGAUGACCGGAAAGCGUACAUUGCGCUGUUCAAGAAGAAAAAGAAGGAAGAGAAGCUCACGGCAGACGAGACCAGGGAGCUCGACCGAUUGGAGCACAAGGCGGCAUACGAGGAUCUGCGCUUUUGGAGAUCACUCGCGCGCAACGAGCUCCGCCGAGAAAAUGUGGUCCAGAAGCCGCAAGAAAAGGCUACCUGGGGCAGCUAUAUCUGGGGUUGGGGAAGCAGCGGUAGCAAACAACAGCAGGCUUCCGAUGAUAGCCAGAUGACCGAAGAGCAACGCAAGGAGCUCUAUCAUGCCAUCGAUUUUGACGAGAAGAAAAGCAUCGCCGAGAGUGUCGAUAUGCCAAAGGAGGCUGUCAAGCUGCAGGUCGACAUGCAUCUCAAGACUGGCUCUUUCACACUGAGACGCGAUCCCCACGGGAAAGUGGCGGACAUCAUCCGCUUGCUGUUCGAUGAUUUCAGCACCGAGCUUACGCAGAGGACGGAUUCGACGCGCUUGGAUCUAAGCCUAGGAGGCAUGCGACUUUAUGACGGCUCAACCGAGGGCAAUCUCUACGAGCAGAUGUUGCGCGUCAAAGAUGCACCACCGGUGCCAGAUGGCCAACGAGUGCAAGAACUCGGAGAAGACGGCAAACCAAUGACUGUUGGCACUGACGAAGACGGAGCGGAUGAAGAGGGUGACGAAGAGCAAGAUCCCUUCUUCAGCAUGGAGUUCGAGAAGAAUCCACUUGAUGGACGAGCCGACUCCGCGCUUACGGUCAAGCUCAAAGCGAUGGAGAUCAUCUACAAUCCCAACUUUGUGGUGCAAGUGACGAACUUCUUCAAACCGCCCGAGAAGCACAUGGAAUCAAUCGGUGCACUCAUGGAGACGGCCGGCUCCACGGUCGAAGGCUUACGGCAGCAAACUCGAGCCGGGCUCGAAUAUGCCCUUCAAGAGCACAAGACUGUCGAUGUUCAGCUAGACUUGCAAGCUCCGCUCAUCAUUGUGCCCGACUCGGUCACCCAAAAGAGCUCCAUCUGCUUGAUCCUCGAUGCCGGUCACGCCUCCGUGCGAAGCGAUCUCAUAGACCGAAAGACCCUGGACGACAUCCAGAACAAACAGAAGCAACAGUACACCGAGAAGGAUUUCCAAAAGCUCGAAUCUCUCAUGUAUGAUAAGUUUGUACUGAAAUUGGAUUCAACGCAACUCCUCAUCGGCACCACUGUGGAUGAGACAAAGGCACAGAUCGACGAGAAGGCUUCGGACAAGAAUUUCCAUGUCGUCGAGCGGAUCAACAUGGACUUCACCAUCGAAACUUGCAUCGUGCCCAGGGCCACGGACCUGACCCGAUUUCGCAUCAAGGGACACUUGCCAAUGCUCCGCGCAAUUUUGUCGGAUGCGAAAUAUAAGUCCCUGAUGAGAUUGCUGGACGUUGCAAUCCCCAAAUUCAACGAUGUCAAGGCGACGGCCGCAGACACACAGACCUCGGAGGAAGCGAAAAAGUCCUCAAAGAGGAAGAGUCUGAUUCCCGAUAGUGUCGGACGGGCGAGGGCGAAAUCGAUCCAAGCGGCACGCGAUGACCUCGUCCUGGACGAGGAAGUCGGGGAGGAGACGUCCAAGGCAGAACGACAACAGCGCGUUGGGCCUUCUGCGAGUAAAGGUGACAAGAAACAAGCACAAGUCAAUCCAGAACAGCGGAAUUUCGACUUUCAGUUCACUGUCGACAAGUUGCAAGGCUCGCUAUACCGCUCUGAUCCCGAGGGCAAGGCAGCAGACCAGCUGCUCGUCGACCUCAUCGCCGAGACAUUUUAUUUCGAAUUCUAUCAACGCGCAUUCGACAUGGCCGCCGACGUCAAGCUGAAGACUUUCACGCUCGAAGAUCAUAUCGAGCAAGCUCCGUCACCGGAAUUCAAGAACCUGAUCUCAAGCGAAGACCUGCUCUCCAAAGAGAAGGGUGACCUACUUACUGUGCACUUUUUGAAGGUCAAUCGCGAUCAUCCAGAGUUUGAGAAGCGAUAUGAGGGUAUCGCAACGAAUUUGGAUGUCGCUGUCUCCACCAUCAACCUAAUGGUCACUCGAAAAACACUGCUCACACUCCUGGAUUUCGUGAUGCUCACCUUUGCAAGCGGUGAUGGGCAGCAAUCGAAGAGGGAAGAGGCUCCCAAAGCUGUUGCGGAUGAAUCUGAUGUGCCUCAGAAGCAGCCCGAGCAAGUCGACAAGAUCCGGAUCAAAGCCAAUCUCCGACGCAUCGCCGUGAUUCUGAACAAUGACGGCAUUCGUCUGGCGACCCUGAGCUUGACCUCUGCCCAGGUCUCUGUAUUCCUGAUGGGCAAUUCAAUGCAGGUUGGUGCACGCCUGGGCAACCUCACUUUGCUGGACGACAUCAACCAGGGCGUGGCGGAGGAGUCUUCUCUUCGCCAACUGGUCUCGAUUCAAGGCGACGACCUGGCUGACUUCCGCUACGAGACGUUCGACCCUAAAGCUGCCUCGUAUCCUGGGCACGAUAGCAUGAUCUACUUGCGCUCAGGCUCCAUCAAAGUCAACUUCGUUACCGAGCCAUUCCGAAAAAUCAUGGAGUUUGGCGUCAAAUUUGGCAAGAUGCAGGCCAUCUUCAACGCCGCGAGACAGGCUGCAGCAAACCAAGCCAGCAAAGUGCAGGAAAAUACUGGCAAGAUGCACUUCGACGUGAUCAUGAAAACACCAAUCAUCGUCUUCCCGCGAAUGGUCAUCACUGACGAUCCGGAACGGGAUCUGGUGACGGCCUACCUUGGAGAGAUCUACGCAAGCAAUCAGUUCGAGCCUCUCGACGGUGGUUUGACCGCGAACAAGCUGUCUGCUGGAAUCCACAACAUCCGGCUCACAUCGGUCUUCCACUACUCUGACAAGACAUCAGAGGAACUGGAGAUGAUAGACAAGGUGAACCUUGAUUUCAACAUCGUACAGACCGAACACACGCAUGGUGUUGAGCGGCCGGACAUGGAAAUCGAGGGCUCCAUGAGUAACAUCAAUCUUCGAGUGACCGAAUCACAACUCAAAUUCAUGAUGGAGCUUUCACGGAACAUUCCAGAGGCCUUUGCUUUGGAGUCUGAUGAAUCGGUUGAAGAAGAGGUCGAGGAAGAUCUGCCGGAUGGUCUUGUCAAGCGAGCGGAGACGGCACAGUCCACGGAUGACAAGACCGCGUUGACAAAUGGAGAGAAAUCGGAGCCCGCACAUCAGGGCCCGGAGCUCGGCGACGGCAAAAACACCUGGACCAAGCUCGAUCUCAUCUUCAAAGUGGGCGCGAUUGGACUCGAAUUGAUUCACGGUCAACUUGACGAGCCGAUUGGCGACCUCGAAGCCGCCAGCCUAUCGAAGUUCUCGCUCAAUGAGACCAGCGUAAAACUGCGAAUGAUCAGCGAUGGUGCCAUGGAGAGCGAAUUGUUGAUCCAAUCAUUCACCAUUACCGACACCAGAACGAAAGAGAAGAAUAAAUUUCGAAAGAUCAUGUCUUUGAUCAAUUCGGACGUCAAGCAACAGUUCAUGGCCAGUGUCUCCAUCUCCGGAGGACAGCAGCGGAAUCUCAUUGCGUUGCUCACCAUCGACAGUCCGCGCAUUGUCGUAGCUCUCGACUACGUUUUCGAGGUGCUCGCAUUCAUCAACGCUGGCUUGGCACAAGAUGAUCCCUUACUCCUCGACGAUGAGAGUGAGGAUAAGUCCGAUGAUGCCGACGAUGCAGUCAGCGAUCAUACCCUCGACGUUGCCGAGCAAACGGGGGAGACCGCAAACGAUACGCCGGACGCCGAGGGCAACGGGUUGAGCAUAUCGUUCCGUGUCGACAUAGUAGACGCACAAGUUAUGCUCAUCGCCAACCCAGCCGUCAGCCAUUCGGAAGCUAUCGUGCUAGGCACCAAGCAGGUCCUCGUGUCAAAGCAACAAGCCAUGACGUUGCAGGUGGAAAAGGUAGGCAUGUUCCUCUGCCGAAUGGACAAAUUCGAAAGCAGUCAACUUCGCAUCUUGGAUGAUUUCAGCGUCCAGACGUCAGUCGACAUGAAAUCGCAAGGCCAAGACUCCUCGCUCACCAGCAUACACGUGGAAAUUGAACCACUGGUUCUACGGUUAUCACUGCGUGAUAUCAUGCUUGCAAUGCAGAUCUUCAACAAGGCCUCGGAUAUGUCGAUCAACCAAGAUCAGAAGAUGCACGACGAAGGCCCGAAGAAACUCGCGCAGGUGAAGGCCUCAACAAAGUCAGUCAAGACAAAGGGCGAUCGCUCCACGAAGAAGGCUGUCGGCAGCACCACGCAGAGAGCAGCUGCGCAGACAAUCAGCACUACGAAGUCCGCACCGAAGAAGGAGGCAGAGAAGCAGCCACUGGGAUCCGCUGUGCUCAAACGGGAAGAGAUGAAGGUUCAAAUGGAUGGCAUCCGCGUUGUCCUUAUUGGAGACCUUCACGAACUUCCAAUACUCGAUUGGAGUGUGAAGAAAUUCGCCAUCGAUGUUCGGGACUGGACAGGCAAUCUGACCGCUGACACCAGCGUUGACACCUUCUUCAAUGUGUACAACUUUUCCAAGUCAGCCUGGGAACCGCUCAUUGAGCCAUGGACUAUUGGCUUUCACAUGGCAAAGGAGACCAAUCCUGACCGAUUGGCAGUGGAGCUGUAUUCGAGAAAGUCUCUCGAGAUUACCGUCACAUCUGCGACGAUCGCCCUCGCCUCGAAAUCCGCGCGCUUCUUUUCGUCCGACGAGGACGUGCUGUCCAAGCCGAGAGGAAAUGACGCGCCGUAUCGCAUUCGCAACUACACUGGUUUUGAGGCCAAUGUGUGGUCUGCGGGAGAUAACGACGAGGACGGAGCAGCGGCCAAAUUGGAGGACGGGGAAGAAAAGCCCUGGCGAUUCGAGGAUCCCACAACGACUCGCGAAACCUUGUCUCCCGAAGGGCAGUCUGGUGUCAUUGGCAUUCGUCUGGAGGGUAGUGGAUUCGACAGCGUUGACCGCAUUCAGGUCAGCCGUGAAGGGGAAUCACUGUACAACCUCAAGCCGCGCAAGGACAAAGUGCAGCACCGGCUGCUUGUGGAAAUCACACUGGGAACUGACAAUGUGAAGUACAUCACCCUCCGAUCGCCCUUGGUCGUGGAGAACAACACUCAGAUACCCGUGGAGAUUGGCGUGUUCAGCCCCGAGGAAGGUCACCUGUUGAAGAUUGAGAAGAUUGCACCGGGCGAAUCCCGGCCAGCCCCGGUGGGCGCAGCGUUUAUGCACUCUCUCGUGGUCCGGCCAGAUCAGGGGUUCGGGUACACAUGGUCGAACGAACGGCUCUUUUGGAAAGAUCUGCUCAAACGCCCAACACGCACACUCACUUGCCAAGGAGAGCAGGACAACAACUCUCCGCCUUUUUACUUCCAGUUGCAGGCGGUGUUUGACAAAAACAAUCCCUUGACCAGCAUCUACCCCUACCAACGACUACGGCUCUCUGCCCCUGUUGAGAUACAGAAUCUUCUGCCGUACGACUUCAAGUAUCGAAUCUACGACAAGACAACCAAAAAGGACUGGACAAAUUUCCUUCGCAAGGGCGGCGUCAGUCCUGUGCAUGUAGUGGAGCUGUCUCAUCUUCUGUUGAUGAGCGUCGACAUGCAGGAUACACCCUUCAAAGCAAGCGAUUUCGCAAUCAUCAACUCCGGCAACGAGGGCGACUUCCGCAGGGAGAAGGUCUUGGCAGUCAAGGACAACAGCAACCUCGAGCUGCGGCUGAAGAUUCACUACUACAACAUCCCAGACAGUGGAGGCGCGUUCAAGAUCACCAUCUACAGUCCGUACGUCAUUCUCAACCGCACCGGCCUCGAACUCGACAUCCGAAGCAAGGCGUACUUUGGCUCCACAAAGUCUGCUGCUGGCCAGGCCACCUUUGCGGACACCGAAGACGACGCACGGCGAGCCGCACCCUUCAUGUUUUCCUAUCCCACCGAUGACCGCAGAAACCGAGCCUUCAUCAAAGUGCGCGGAUCCGGCUGGAGUCAGCCGGUCAGUUUCGACGCGAUUGGCGCUGCCGUAGAUGUCAAGCUUCCGGCGGAGACUGGAAGGUCGGAGAUGCAUGCAGGGCUCAUCGUCGAAGAGGGAGAGGGCAAGUACAAAUUGACGAAAGUGGUCUCCGUUGUGCCCAGAUUCCUGGUGAAGAACAAGCUCUCGGAGGACAUCCAGAUCCGCGAGCCCGGCUCUUCCGACGCGACGACGCUGAAGCCCGGCGAACUGCAUCCAUUGCGCUUCCUCAAGCAGACCACAGGUCAACAGCUUAGUCUUUGCUUCCCUGGUGUCAAUAACCAGUGGACCUCACCUUUUGACAUUGCCAACACUGGAAGUGUCCAUAUCAAGAUUGCCCGGGCUGGGGAGAGACAAAAGCUCAUUCGAAUUGAGAUUCUCAUGGAAGCCGCAACAAUCUUCCUCCAUCUCAGCAUGGAAACGAAGCAUUGGCCAUUCUCGAUACGCAACGAAAGCAGCCAGGAAUUCCUCUUCUGGCAAGCCAAUCCCAACGUAGACGAAGACGAGGAAGAUCGUAGCUCGGGAUGGAAGCCGAUUCGCUAUCGACUACCGCCGCGGAGCAUCAUGCCAUACGCCUGGGACUAUCCCGCAUCGAAGAACAAGAAUCUGAUCCUGAGCGCGGCGGGUAAAGAGCGGCAUGUCAAGCUGGCGGAGAUUGGAAAUCUCAUCCCCAUGCGACUUCCUCCUUCGCCUGGAUCCCAGCGGCAGCGAAUCGUGGACUUGAAUGUCAUCGCGGACGGGCCGUCACAAACGCUGGUCAUGUCUGACUUCAAGCAGUCCAAGAGCAUCUACAAGCAGAAGCCUUCAUCCGCGGCGACUGCUUCCACCACCAGCGGCUUCGAGGUCAAAGACCAGGAUGACGAUGUUACAAUGCGUGCUAGCAUUCGCCUCGCGGGAAUAGGCCUCUCCCUGGUGAAUUCGCAGCUUCGCGAACUCGUGUAUGUCACGUGGCGAGACAUCGAACUCAAGUACACAGACUCCAAGCUCUACCAAAAGGUCGCGGCGACCGUCAAGUGGAUACAGAUCGACAACCAGCUAUACGGGGGCAUCUUUCCCUUAAUCGCCUACCCCAGCGUCGUUCCCAAGACUGGAAAGGAGAUGGAAGCACAUCCAAUCUUCCGGACGGUCAUCACCAGGGUCAAGGACGAUUCGUAUGGCGUUUUGUACAUCAAAUACUUCACCAUUCUCCUUCAGCAAUUGACGAUCGAGAUCGACGAAGACUUCAUCUUCGCGCUGCUGGACUUCACCAAGGUGCCAGGAGCGUCGUGGACCGAGGAGGCGGAAGGCCGAUUGGCGCCGGAGACACUCGACAUCCCUGAGCCCCAGCAAGAGCAGUCCGGGCAGGACAUUUACUUCGAGCUCCUUCAAUUGCAACCGAUGCAAUUCGACCUUUCCUUUGUCCGAACCGAGCGCAUCAACGCAGAAGACACGGGCAGCUCCUCCACCAAUCCCUUCAUGUUUGCGGUGAACGUCUUGACAAUGUCCAUCGGCAACGUCAACGACGCCCCCAUUCGCUACAAUGCGCUUAUGUUGGAGAAUGCAAGAGUCUCGGUGGGCACGCUCAUUAAUAACAUCAAGAGUCACUAUGUGCAAGAAUCCCUGGGGCAGCUGCAUAUCGUCAUUGGCUCGGCAGACUUCCUCGGCAACCCGGUGGGCCUGUUCAACAACAUCAGCUCUGGCGUCGCAGAUAUAUUCUACGAACCGUAUCAGGGAUUGGUGACCGAGCGGCCACAAGAUCUCGGCGUUGGCAUCGCCAAAGGAGCCAGCAGCUUCGUCAAAAAGAGUGUAUUCGGCCUCUCGGACAGCGUUUCCAAGUUCACGGGAAGCAUCAGCAAAGGUCUUGCGGCAGCCAGCAUGGACAAGGAGUUCCAAGACCAGAGGCGCAUGUCACGCGCUCGCAACCGACCUAAGCACGCGUUGUAUGGUAUCACGUCGGGCGGCAACGCUUUCGCAAGCAGUCUCGCGAGCGGAAUCGGCGGGCUGGCGAGACAGCCCAUGCAAGGCGCGGAGAAAGAGGGUGCCGCAGGCUUUGUCAAAGGUGUUGGGAAAGGCCUGCUCGGACUCGCGACGAAGCCGGCCAUCGGUGCAUUCGAUCUUGCUUCCAGCAUGGCGGAAGGGGUGAAGAAUACCACCACCGUUUUCGAUCAAGAAGGCCUGGACCGCGUGCGUCUCGCACGUUUCAUUGGCAUAGAUGGGGUCGUCCGCCCCUAUAGCCAACGCGAGGCCCUCGGUCAGUUCUGGCUCAAGACCAUCGACAACGGCAAAUACUUCAACGAGAACUACAUUGCCCACCUGGAGUUGAACUCUGGCUCUCAGGGCGACAGACAAGAGGGUCGGAACCAGCAGUCCGAAGCAUCGAUGCUGGUCAUGAUCACAUACAAUGCCAUUAUGCUGGUCCGCGCUAGGAGGCUCACCAGCGAAUGGGAAGUGCCUCUGAAAGACAUCCAGACGAUCAGUAAGGAGCGCACGGGGAUGAGCAUCGUUCUCAAAGGCGGCACCAACGGUCCGUUCAUUCCAAUUGCGGAUGAGGCGAGUCGGAAUUGGCUGUACAAGCAAGUGGCGAUCGCGGUCAACGCAUACAACGACAAGUGGAAUGCCAAGGGAUAG